AUGUCUGCAGCGCAGCCGGAGAACAUGACCCCCCGACAAGCUGCCAGCGCCGAGAUCGAUCCGCCCGGGCGAUCAACCGACGACGAACGGAGCGAUGUAGGCGAUUCCGAACAAGAGAAAUCGGAUGAUGUCAGUACCUAUGCGCCAAUCAAUGCUGUGCCCUCUGCAAGUGACGCGCGAAUGCAGAGACUUCACUCAACUUCAUCCCGGCCUGUUGAGCGCAGCUGGUCUCUCAAUGACGGUUAUAGCUGUCAUACUGCCGAUGAAGAGGCAGGGGAGAAGGUUCCGGACGAAGCGCAGGGUGAAAAUGCCGAUGAGUCCUCGGCUUUUGUUGUUGGAUGGGACGAGAACGAUUCCAUGAACCCUCGCAAUUUCAACACCUUUCGGCGGUGGAUAAUCGUCAUCAUUUGUUCGCUGGGUUCUUUAUGCGUGUGA